GGUCUGCGCGGCGUCCUGAGCUCGGGAGUCUGACAGCGGCGCGUUCUCCUCUCCCAGGUUCUAGCCGCGAUGGAUAAUGCCUGCGAAUCGCCCACGGAAAAAGGUGGAGAGACCGGGGAAUCAGAGGAGACCACGGCGGCUCCUGGGGGCCCCAGGGUUACGGAUACGGACGGAAUCCCGGAGGAAACCGACGGUGACGGAGACGGGGAAUUGAAAGAGGCCGCCGCUGAAGAAGGCGAGCUCAAGAGUCAGGAUAUUGCAGAUUUAACAGCAGUUGAAAGGGAAGACUCAUUACUUACUCCUGCAGCCAAAAAACUGAAAAUAGAUACCAAAGAGAAGAAAGAGAAGAAGCAGAAAGUGGAUGAAGAUGAGAUUCAAAAGAUGCAAAUCCUGGUUUCUUCUUUUUCUGAGGAGCAGCUGAACCGUUAUGAAAUGUAUCGCCGGUCAGCUUUCCCUAAGGCAGCCAUUAAGAGGCUGAUCCAGUCCAUCACAGGCACCUCUGUGUCUCAGAAUGUUGUUAUUGCUAUGUCUGGUAUUUCCAAAGUUUUCGUCGGGGAGGUGGUAGAAGAAGCACUGGAUGUGUGUGAGAAGUGGGGAGAAAUGCCACCGCUGCAACCCAAACACAUGAGGGAGGCUGUUCGGAGGUUAAAGUCGAAGGGGCAAAUUCCCAACUCAAAGCACAAAAAAAUCAUCUUCUUCUAGACCAGAGUCUAGAAGGGCCUGGUACUGAAGAACGAAGCCCUGCUUCCGGACCUCCUAUUGCAUGAGACUCUCUGCACUGGUGCUUUGGUAUCUCAGUCCUCUAAGGAUUCCAUGAUGAUUUCAAUGUCUUUCUCAAAACUGAUAAUUCAUUACACCUAGAAGGUAGCAGGCACCCUGUUUCGUACUUGCUUUGACUAAAUAUCAGGACCUCUGAGGGCAUCUGAGGCAUUUAACUAUUACUGGCUAGUUGGAAGAAGAAAGGUUGGUGUGCCUUAAGCAUCUUCUGGACAGGAAUGCUGCUUUCAGAAAGAAAACCUGUUCAAGAUGGUUUGAUGGUUUCACAUUGAAGCCUGAAGUUGCUGUGACUUGUAUUGUUUCUUUACAUCUGGUUUUAAGUAAAUGAAACAGUCAGAAGCUUGGCCUGUGAUACUCUACCAGGAAGGACACAGUGACAGCAGCAGCAGUGGAACAGUGACCCUAUAAACGUUUAGGAUUCUUCUAUGGAUUCUGGUGAAUGAUUAAUAAAGCUGUUUUCCAACUUGC